UCGACCGUAGAACAAAUACUCGGAAACACAUUCCCGUUUCUUCUCUUUCUGGGAACCUUUAAGCUGCACGCUAGUUUUCUAAUUUCCCUCCCUCCCCCAGCAGCUCUCCUUGCUUUCAGCAUGUGUUGCUCCCAGCUCCGAGGAUUGAAUUUUAACGCCUCCCCUGCUUCUUUCAGAGAUGGCGGAUUCCUAUACCUGUAAAGGUGGAAGGAAAACUGCAGGCUCUAACAAACCCGCUGCCAGCAAAGAAAGCAGGACGGAGACGAGGAUAAACCCGCCGGCAGAGCUGCCCAAGCUUGGAAAUGCAACCAGUGACAAAACCGAAGGCAGGAAGAAAGGACGACCCAAGGCCGAGAACCAGGCGCUGAAAGACAUCCCCCUCCCCCUGAUGAACCAGUGGAAAGAUGAAUUCAAAGCCCACUCCAGGGUGAAAUGUCCCAAUUCAGGCUGCUGGCUGGAGUUCCCCAGCAUUUAUGGCUUGAAGUACCACUAUCAGCGCUGCCAAGGGGGUGCGAUCUCGGAGAAGCUGACCUAUUCGUGCUCCUACUGCGAAGCUGCCUUCACCUCCAAAACCCAGCUAGAAAAGCAUCGGCUCUGGAAUCACUUGGACCGGCCAGUGCCAACCAGCAAAGCAGAAAACAAAGUGCCGAAGGCCAUUGGGAAGAGCAGUGGCAAGAAAAGAGCUGCUGAGAGUUCAGCUUGCCCCACCAUCCAUCCCAAACAGGCAAAGACGGAAAAAGCCGUGGCCCAGGACCAUGCCGAGAAUGGCGAGUGCCCGGCGGAGAGCCGGGAGAGCAAGGAGUUUCAGAUCGCAGCAGCCGAGGCAAUGGCAGCCGCCACCCCCACGGCGAAGUCCUCGAGCGGCAAGGAUGCCGUGCAGCAGGGGGGCAGCCAGGCCUCGCUGCAGGAGGAAGACCCCGAGAGGAUGAAGCACAGAAGGAAACAGAAAACUCCUAAGAAAUUUACGGGGGAGCAGCCGUCCAUCUCGGGGACGUUUGGACUGAAAGGUCUCGUCAAAGCAGAGGACAAGGCAAAAGCCCAUCGAGCCAAGAAAUUGGAAGGGAACACCAAUACAGAGGAGCUGAAAAAGAAACCUCCAGGAGCUGGUGUGAAGAAGGAAACGGCUGUGCAUCUACCAGCAGCAAACCCCGAGGACCAGUGGCAGCGGGAGAUCAGCGAGAAGGGAGAAGUCGCCUGCCCAACCUGCAGCGUUAUAACCAGGAAAACGAUUGUGGGGCUCAAAAAGCACAUGGACGUCUGCCAGAAACUGCAGGAUGCCUUGAAGUGUCAGCACUGCAAAAAGCAGUUCAAAUCCAAAGCUGGGCUGAAUUACCACACCAUGGCUGAACACGUCAGCAAGCCUGUUCCUGUGGAAACCGCUGGACUUGGUGAACAGGAAGCGCGGGAAAGGCUGAGGAAAGUGCUAAAGCAGAUGGGAAAACUGAAAUGCCCCAAUGAGGGCUGCAUGGCCAACUUCUCCAGCCUGAUGGGCUACCAGUACCACCAGAAGCGGUGUGGGAAGCAGCUCGCCGAGGCCGACAAGCCUGUCUUCAGCUGUCCACACUGCGGCAAGAAGUACAAAUCCAAGGCUGGCCACGAUUACCAUGUGCGGUCAGAACACACGGCCUCGGUGAGCUCCCCGGACGCCUCCGCAGCCCGAGGAGCGGGGCCAUCCCCCCCGGGGGGUGACUGCAGAGCUGCAGAGCCUUUGGGCAGGACAGAGCCGGGCAGGGCCGGGCCGGGCAAGCCUCCGGAGGAGCCAGUGGUGAAGCUGGAGCCCAACCCCAUAGAAGAUUUUGAAAGGACACCGAGCGGCCGCAUCCGUCGGACGUCGGCCCAAGUAGCCGUCUUCCACCUUCAGGAGAUAGCGGAGGAUGAGCUCGCCAAGGAUUGGACCAAGCGGAGGAUGAAGGAUGACCUGGUGCCUGAAACGAAGCGGCUCAAUUACACCCGACCGGGGCUUCCAAAGCUCAAUCCAAGGCUGCUGGAAAACUGGAAGAACGAAGUGAAGGAGAAGGGCCACAUCAACUGUCCCAACAAUUGCUGUGAAGCCAUUUAUUCCAGUGUCUCGGGGUUGAAAGCUCACCUGGCCAACUGCAACAAGGGGGACCACUUGGUGGGCAAGUACCGCUGCCUCCUGUGCCAGAAGGAGUUCAGCUCCGAAAGCGGGGUCAAAUACCACAUCAUCAAGGCUCACUCAGAGAACUGGUUCCGAACCUCCGCCGAGGCCAGCCGGAAAAAGAAAAGCAGGGAACAGCUUUCUUCCAGCAAGGAGGAGAAAAAGAAAAGCACAAGUGGGAAGAAAAGGGGGAGAAAACCCAAGGAGAGGCCUCCAGAAACAUCCCCGAAGGGCAGAGAGAGCGUGGCAGCAAAGACUAAUCACAAGAAAACCCUCGAGCACUGGGAAGGCUCCCGAAGCAGCCCCGACGGGGACGAGCGCGUCCCCAAGCCCCCGAGCCAGCGGAAGGGGGGAUCCAGUAAGAUGCCCGAGAAAUGAGCAGCUCAGAGACUCGUCUCCGAGGAUUCGUUUACAGCCCAGGGUAAC